GCGGUUGUAAACAGAACAGAGGCGCGAGCGCGCGGGGAGACAGCGCUCUCCCACCCGGUGCAGCAGCGUUAACGUUGGCCCGCUCGCCCGGUGCAGCAGCAGCAGCAGCAACGCGCGGGGUGAUAACGUUGUCUCGCUCACCCGGUGCAACAGCAGCAGCAGCGGGCGGGGAGACACACAUUCUGUCCACGGUCAGCUGCAGUAGUGCUGGAUAUGGACAUCCACCGCUGCUGAAGUGGAGGUGCGCGCCGCUCGGGAGCUGAUCCAGCCGAUCGUCUCCCCGGGCACACAGACCCAGGUGUGAGUGCAAGUGAACAGGCGGCGCCGGAGUGAAACGAUUGUGCACUUUGCUGAGACCUGAGAUGGUUACCAUGAGAUGAAUGAGUAUAAACAACAAUCAACAGACCUGGAAAUGGCAACGUGGAAUGGAGGAAUUGUGCAGAGAAUUCCCAAUCUGGAAAACAGCAAAGGUUUCCAAGAGAGAGUUAGAAGUGAAAGACAGAUAUUGAAAGAAACCCUGGCUUCACAGUUAAACAAGGACCUUCUCAGGCUUCUUGUAGAAGGAACUCAAGCAGAUGUCACAUUCCAUGUGGGUGCAGCUGUCUUCAAGGCCCAUAGAGCUGUGCUGCUUGCAAGGGUUCCAGAGUUUUUUUCGAGAGUUUCUGAAAAGCACUUGAAAGAAGAGGCUGAGAACUGUCCAUCAAUCGUCCCUGUUGAGAGUUUCAAGCCUUCACAGUUUAAAUACUUCUUGCAACAGAUUUAUACAGCAGACGGGAAAGUGAAUCAAUUGGAAGAGGAGCUACUGCUGAGCAAUGAUCAGAAUGGGAUGAGAUUGACAGAAGGCCACAAUCUAUCCUUAAGUGACUUUGAGAAAGUGAAGAUGUGCAAUGGGAAAGCUAUUGAGGGUGGAAAAGUCCCAGCUGCUCCUAACGAUAAUGCCGCGGGUGAAAUUGAGAUGUUGACCUCUAGUCUGUUGGAAGACGAUAUGCCUGAAGGAAUGUUUGAUGUGCCUGAAGAAAUGGAAGAAAAGGAUCAGGUCCCAUUUGUAGAUGAUCCCACACCAGAGCCAGCCUCCACUUUAGGUGCUGACCUUUUGUCCCUCUACCAGGAAGGUUGUUGUUCCGAUAUAACUCUUCAUGUUGAGAACAAAGUUUUUCAAGUGCACAGGGCCAUCCUGUGUGCACGCUCCAGUUACUUUGCAGCUAUGCUAAGUGGCAAUUGGGUUGAAAGUUCUCAGAAGUCGAUCACUCUUACAGGUGUGAACCAUGUGGAGAUGGGCGUCAUGAUGAACUUUAUAUAUGGGGCCAUUUUAGACUUGCCAAGAGGAAUUUUCCCGUGUUCCAUCCUUUUGUUAGCAGAUAUGUACAACUUGGAUGGGCUGAAAGCAGUCGUCUUGCAUGUUCUGAAGAAGGAUUAUUGCAAGUUUUUUCACAAGCCUGUUAUUGGCAUGCAGCAGUCGAUAGUGGAAUGUUUGCAAAUCUCUCACUCUGUUGGAAUUGAUGCUCUGUACAACUCUUGCAUGAGAUGGAUUACCAAAUAUUUUGUGAAAUGUUGGUCUGGAAAAGAAUUUUCUUGCCUUCCAGUAGAGCUACAGAAAGCUUGUUAUGUCGCAGUGGUCCAUUCGUUAAAUGCGGAGAAUAUAGUUUCGGUGUUGCUGGAAAGUGACCGUCUGCUGUGGAGCCUCCCUGAAGUGAAAUGGGCAGAGCAAGCUGUUUCCUUGACAAAAAAUAUACAAGAUGAAUGCAUCAAGUUCAUUGUGCCAAACUUCCUUUCGGUGAUUAAAAAUAAAAGCUUCCUCCUUCUGAUGAAGGCACAAAGAAUGACCAGAACACCAUACUUGGUUAAAAGAAUUUUUGCGACCAUUGAACAAAAUAUUACAGUAUCAGAAGCUUGCUUGCUCUUUAUGGCUGUGGACUUGCUGAAGAGCCAAAUGGCUUAUGAAGAGCUGGGUUUUGCAAUUGAGAUCCAGGCCCUCUUUGACAAGCUCUGGACGUUUCUGGUUCAGUCUUUCUACGCUGUCCGUCACACAGAAGGCUGGAAACUGAUGAAACCUCACAACAAGGAGCGAAUAGAAGCAGCUGCUCUGGACAAAGGUGACAAUAGAAAACUUGCCAAAAAACCAACCUUGACCAGUUUCCAGCAUAAAGAAAAUCCGACGCUCAAUUCGGACGCACUUGACACGGAAGGGCAAGCCUGCAGAAAGGGGAAGCUGCGGUCAAGUACAAAUCUAUACAAAAGUUGUGUGGCUAGUGCUUCAAAAAUGAAAUCUGAAGGAUUGGGGGCAUCAGUUCCAAAAUCAAAUGGGCGAAUGCAUGCAAACGUUUCAAGAAAGGAGGAAACAAAGGACAAGAUUGUUAAAAAGCCAAGUGAAAAAAUGCCAAAAGGUGGGAAAGGCAAUGAGAAAAGCACUUCAACGAAGGCUAACAUCUCUGCAAAAACCAGAUCAGAGGCCAGGAUAAAAAGCGAGGGAGUGGCUAUUAAAGUAAAAGGACAUUCUGCCAGUUGGUCAUGUCCAGGGGUCUCUACAAUGGCCAGCAAAGAGACUGGUGGUCACGAUGGAAAAUCAACUACAGGAGCCCGGCCUAAAGUAGCUUCUAAUUUGUCUGGUGUCCAACCCAAGUCAGGAAAACCACUCAAGAAAACCACUCAGCCACAGCCAGAGAAAAAUGGGAAUAGGUGCAAUUCUGACAAGCUGGAACUUUCAAACAAAAGCCUCACGGUAGACACAGGUGGGCACACCAGUGAAUUGGAGGGCAGAGCAACAAAUGAAAUGAACAAUUGUGGCAAAAAGCUGGCAUCUUUCAGCAAUCCUAUUGAAAGUAUUGUCCAAAAGUUUGCAAAGACCCCUUUAAGCCAGAAGGUUUAUUCUGCAGUUAACAGGACAGCAACUGUCGUCAAAGUAACAAAGACACCACCUGCUUCAAUGAAAACCACCAGACCCAUUUCUAGUAGUAUGUCCAACAAACAGAAGGCACAAAGUAGAGAUGAAGCAAUGUCACCAGCUCAAGUGAAGAGAGCUUGGAAUAGUAGCAGUGACCUAUCUGCUCAGCAAAAAGCAAAGGCAACAUCAGGAGCAACAAUCAAGGCAAAAGAUCCGAAGCUGGGAAAAGUGAGCCUUGCUUCAGAAACAGAUGCUUUAAAGCUGGCUAGCAAAGUUACAAACAAUGAAAAAAUAACUGCCCCCAAUGAAAUGUUUACAAAAUCGAAUAAAUCUAAAGCUGUAAGAACAGCUACUCCUGCAGCAUUAAGGACAAGUAUAAAGAGAACGGUGCAAACUGGCACCUCAAGCCCCAGAACACCCAUUAAUUUAAAUAACAAGGUUGCACUGAAAGAGAGAAGUGUAUCGUUGCCCAAUGUAAGAAAACCGUCAACUAAGUCGCUCAUUGCCACAAACAAAACUGGUACAGGAUUGAAAAGGUCCACCUCUAGUUGUCAUGAUAAAGCUGCUCCGAAUACUCAUCGCCAUAAUGUGAGAAGUGUGGCACGAUCAAAAAAUGGAACUGUUCAUGCUGAACAAGAUCAAAUGGGAGCAAACGCUCUGUUGGAACCUCGCCCAGGUACAGAGAUAUCAUCAGAGGAUUGUAAGUUGGCCAAAGGAGAGCAGAAUUUGGAAGGUGUUCAACAAAUCUUGACCUCAGAAAAUCAAUCUAAACUUCAUCAAAAGGAGCAAAUUGGGAAUAAAGUGGCUGCUAAUGAAGUUGAAACAACUCUGAAACACUCUGAAGAUGAUGGCCAAUCCUGCGUGAAGCCAAAUCAAAGGGUUACCCAACAUCAUUCUUCAGUAUUUACAAAUACUGAAUUCUCACGUGAUCCUGAAACCAAACUGAAAAUCCUUGAGGAAUGUGAAAACUCAGAGGAAGACCGUCUCAAAAGUGGAAGUUCUCAAGCUACAAACUGUGGUGUUGACACAACACCUGCUGAUGCGAUUAGAGAAGGUUCGGAACAUAACUUGAACCCUGGUGACAUGCAAGUUCUGCCUGACUUGCCUAAAGAAAUACAUAUACCAAGUGGUAUGGAAAAUCAAGAGGAUGAUUUUGAAACAUUGGUGGAGUCUUGGAACUUGGGUACAGAGGUCUAUCCAUCUUCAGACACUUCUUUCCCAAAACAAAGUCCGGACACAGACACUGGAAGUGCAACAACGUCAUCCGAUGAUAUUAAACCUAACUCUGAGGACUAUGAUGCUGGAGGUUCCCAAGAUGAUGAUGGAUCAAAUGAGAGAGGCAUUUCCAAAUGCAGUACUGUUGUUUGUCAUGACUUUCUUGGAAGAAGUAGCAGUGACACCAGUACACCGGAAGAACUUAAGGAAUAUGACAGCGGAUUGAAAGUAGAAGUGAAAAUGAAAGGAGUGGAGGAGCCCCAUGGUCAGACUGGAGCACGAGAGUCCAUAAGCGAUCAUGGUUUCAAAAACUCUCAUCAAGGAAAUAAGACAAAUGAAAAAAGUGGCGAGGAAUGCGUUGUGCCCAUUGGUGACAAUCUAGAUGCUGCCUUGGAAAUCUUGUCCUUGUGUGACGUUACUGAGGAAGACAAGUCUGAAGUCGAGAAUGCAGUGAAAACACUCCCAACUGUUUCUGCUCCUCCCCCUCCUGAGCAGAACACUUACCACUUCCAGGGUAUUGAUAACCUGGCUUUUGAAGAUGUCGCUGAAAAUGAGACGGAGGUGACAAAGUUUCCCUCGGCUGCGAAUUUUAAGCGUUCUGUCCUGCUCUCUGUGGAUGAGUGUGAAGAGCUUGGUUCUGACGAGGGAGAUGCUGAAACACCUGCCCGUUCCAUGGAUUCUCUUACCCCCUCUGAUGUAUUUGACAGCGGUGUCCAUGAAGGUGAUUGUCAACCUCAAGGGAGAACCUACUAUUCCCGGUACUCCCUGGAAAUUGAGGAUGACCUCUUGAACUAUGACUUUCCAAAGCAGCCUAAAAGACAGUGUAAAGCUCCCGGUCCCUCACCACUUGCUGAUGGGGUCAGUAUGAAGGCUAAUAAUUCAACUUUGCAAGCUGCUUCAACAGAAUCGGAGCAAGAAGUGGAUACUACACCAGCUACUCCCCAUCAUGACGCUGCCGAGGGAAGGAAUAAACUUGCAGAAAAGGACAUGAUGGGAGUAAGUGCACCUGAACGACAGCAGGAGGACAAUGUCUUGCCUGUGAAAGAUAAUAUCCAGCCAGCCGCUGGGGAUGGCAGUGGUGAUGCGGGUGGUGGCAGUGAUGGUCGACCUCAGGAAAGACCCUGUCAUUUGCAGCUCUGCCAAAAAGAGCAAUCUUCCACUGAGCACAGCGAGGGCUUUGCAACAGACACCAUUGAUCAUGUAGCAAACACGGGAAAAGGGAAUGUGCAAGGGGGGCACUCAACAUCCAGUGAACAAGCUAGUAAUACUUUACCAACAGGAGACUUAGCUGAUUCUGACCGAUCACAAAACUACGCACAUGAUCGUCGCCCUUCAAAAACCCUUUCACCCAUAUACGAGAUGGAAAUAAUAGAAGACCUGGAACAGAGCUCGGAACUUGAAGUGAAUUAUUUGCAACAGAAAGAAAAUGAACACUUUGCAGAAAGAGACUGGAUACUACUCAAGCAACUGAUUGGAGAUCAGGACCCAAAUUAUGAUGUUGUCAACUGUCUGCCUGAAGAUGCCAACCUAGCUCAGUAUCUUAUCAACCAAACACUUUUUCUUUCUCGAGAUACUUCUCAAAUGCCAGGUAAACUUGCAGUUGAAAAAGAGGCGCUGUAUAAAUGGACUGAAUUGCUAUCUCCUUUGGAAGACUCUACAGCUAACAUUACAGUGGCUAGUUUCUCCCCAGAAGAAUGUGUAACCCCACAGGGAGAAUGGACAAUUGUAGAACUGGAAACUCAUCACUAGCAGAUACGAGGAGGUGUAAGUAUGAACUGGAUUCUUUUUGUUGCCGCGUCAUCCUCCAACCUAACCAGGUAUUAUCACCUGGGUCACUGCAGAAUGCAGCAGUGAAAUGAUACACUUGCAAUGUAAAGUAAAAAGUUACCAUUAAAUAAAUCUUUUUGUAAACUUA